AUGAGCACCGGGUCGCCAUACUACCCCAUCGCAGGCCUGACGCCCGAUGCAUUGUCGCCGCGGAAAGAAAUUUGCAACUACUUUUCAAACUACCCUCUCUACUCCCUCGCAUGGUCGCGGCGAGAAGACCGCAACAGAAUGUUCCGCAUGGCGCUGGGUACGUUUCUGGAAGAGUCCACCAACAAGCUGCAGCAAACGACACGCCCGGACUUUGGGCUCAUAGCCGAGGCAGCGGUCGACUACCCGGUGACAAAAAUACUCUGGCAUCCGGUCAAGACUGGGUACUCAUCGGACCUGCUGGCCACCACCGGCGACAUGCUUGCGGAUUUGGGAUUGCGCGCGAAGCUGACGACGCGCGCUGACUAUGCUGCACCAAUUACAUCGUUCGACUGGAACAGCAUAGACCCAACGGCUCAUUAUUACCUCGAGCUGUGGGAUAUUGAGACGAACCAGGCGAAAACGCAGCUGAUUGCCCACGACAGGGAGGUCUUUGACGUGGGCUUUGUUGCAGGCAGCCAGGACGUUUUUGCAUCAGCGGGUGCCGACGGGUCGAUUCGCAUGUUUGAUUUGCGGUCGCUCGAGCACUCGACGAUUUUGUUUGAGGCACCGUCCACCACCGCACAGUCAGCAGCGGAUCCCAGUAACUACAGCAGCACUGCUCGGAUCACGUCAUUCACACCGCCGCUGCUGCGCCUUAGCUGCAAUGCUGUGGACCCGAAUUAUAUUGCGACGUUUGCCUUGGAUGCCCACCAGGUCAGCAUCCUGGACGUGCGGUUCCCUGGAUCCCCUGUAAUCCAGCUUAUUGGCCACCAGGCACCCAUCCACUCUGUCGCAUGGAAUCCCGGGUCCUCCAGCCAGCUCUGCUCGGCAGGCGCUGACUCACGCGUUCUACCGACAAACGCUGCGCCGUCGCUCACAUAUGCAGCACGCCUGCCUGUCAAUUCGCUGGCGUGGCACCAAAACUCGGCCGAGUGGGUCUCCAUUGCAUUUGGUAAUACUGUGCAGACGCUGCGACUUUAA